AUGGCAGUCCUGGCCGAGCUGGGGCGUCCCGGUAGCCAGUGGGACGGGGCACCGCCAUCACAAGCAGUGGUGGAGGAUAGGCUUGCCGAUUGCGACCACCCUAUUCGCGACAAUGUGCCAGACACAGUGUCGGACGAGAAGGUCGGCACUGGCAUGCUUGCCGCGACGUCGUUCGGGUGGGUGGCCAAGCAGGUUGACCUGCUGACGGGCGAGAAGGGUCGUGGUGCGGUGAGACUCGAGAACAUCAAGACAAAGGGACUAAAAUCGUUGCGAGACAGCAUGGUGGAGUACACCUGCAAGCGCAUCGCCGAAAAACGCUCUGCGGUGCCGACAUCACAACCCCCCGACAGUGUGAUUGAUGACGACGGCGCGGAAAGACAGACGGCGCCCCAAUCAGCAGUUGCCGCCCAGCAUCAGGGGAACGCGAAGGUGUCCGCGGAAGGAGGAAACGGUGGUGGAGGAGGCAAAGCUGCGACAGGUGGAGGAAGGAAGGAAGUGUGA